GGGUGGCAUAUACCCAAAAGAAUCAUAUGUGAAAAAGUUUACUAUCAAAGAGAUGAUUUUUUAUUAAAUCCAAAUUUAGUUCUUGCAGUAAGUGAAUAGUUUGAAUCAAAUAAAAAGUUGAAGUUGCUAACAACUUCUAAAGAAAUAUAUAUAACCUGUGUCAGAUAUUUUCAGCCAGUUGUGUCACUAAGGGAGGAGAUUACAGAACCAAUGAAGGUGAGAAGAUGUUUAUGUGGAUGCUAGCUAGAUUUCCAAAAGCAGCAAAAAGGAAUUAAGAAAACCAGACCCAAAAUAACAAUAAUAGUUAAAAAAAAAAUUUAAAAACUCUGGGUCCCAACUCCCGUGGCAGAUAUGUGACUGGUGAACAAAGGUUAAAGCAAGAAAGGUUCUCAACCGCACAACUCACAAAACCCAAUACUGUGAAAAGCUUGUAACGUCCAUUCCAUCAAGCGAGCAAAUACCAAAUGAACCAAAACAAAAGUUGUCAUGUCUUUGUUGUCUGAUUAUUCAAAUGCCCACAUUUUCCCCCUCUCUACUCCAGUCCAAUCUCAUAGUCCUUGUCAUCAUCAAUAUCACGUCUGCUUAUAGUUUCAUUUGAUUAUAGAAACAGCUUGUUUUUCAUUCGUUUCUAGGACGUAUAUAUUAUUGCACUAUAUGAACCCUUUGUGAUUGGGAGAGGAUGAGAGUGAGAGAGAAUUAUGCGAACCCUUUGUGAUGCUUGUGAAAGUGCUGCUGCUGUUGUCUUCUGUGCGGCUGAUGAGGCUGCUCUUUGCUCUGCCUGUGAUGUCCACAAGUGCAAUAAGCUUGCCAGCCGACAUGUCCGAGUGGGUCUGGAAAAUCCAAGUGAUGUUCCUCGCUGUGACAUAUGUGAAAACGCACCUGGCUUCUUUUACUGUGAGAUAGAUGGAAGCUCCCUUUGUUUGCAAUGUGAUAUGGCUGUACAUGUUGGAGGUAAAAGAACCCAUGGAAGAUAUCUUUUAUUAAGGCAGAGAGUUGAGUUUCCAGGGGAAAAACCUGGUAAUGUAGAGGACCCAACUUCACAACAGGUGGGUCCCAAUGACACCAUAAGAGGCCAAAAUCAGAUAACUAAAACAACAGCAGGAGAGAAGCAACAAAAUCACAAGGAUUCUCCUGUUGAAGAGAAGGAUGCUAAAGUUGAUGGCCAUCAUAAUAUGGGAUCUGAAAUGAUAGAUUUGAAUAUGAAGCCUCAUUGGUGAAGCCCCAAAAAUCUUAUAAUCUACCCACUGGAAGCCAUUAAUGUGUUUUGUUUAUGACGCCAAAAUGGACACUCCUGUUGUUUGUAUGGAUCCCGAAUACUAAUUCUAAGAUUGCUGAUCCUGCAACGGCAGUAAAACAAGUCCAUAUGGUUAAUGCUCACCAAGAUCCUUUACGUUCAAUCAUCAGUGUAACAAAAUUGUGUUAGUUUACACUGUACGCCAAAUGCUUCCGUAAUACUACCUUGCGGAAUGGAGUAAGACAAUUCUUUCAUUAGGUUUGUUCCUGAAAA